AUGGCCGGCUGCAGCCCCGAGGAGAAAACUUACCGGCGCUUCCUGGAGCUAUUCCUGGGCGAGUUUCGCGGACCGUGCGGCGGCGGCGAGCCCGAGCCGGAACCCGAACCCGAGUCGGAGCCGGAACCCGAGCCCGAGCCCGAACUGGUAGCGGCUGAGGCGGCCGAGGCUUCGGUCGAGGAUCCUGGCGAGGAGGUGGCCACUGUGGCCGCUACGGAGGAGGGGGAGCAAGAGCAAGACCCCGAGCCCGAAGAGGAGGCGGUGGAGGAAGAGGCGGUGGCAGCGGCGCAGGGCGAGGAAGAGGACGCGGCGGCAGCCCGGGGGCAGUCGGCCGUACAGCCGCCGCCGCCGCAGCCCCAGCUGCCGCCUCUACCCCCGCUCCCGCGGCCGCUGUCGGAGCGCAUCACCCGUGAGGAGGUGGAGGGCGAGAGCCUGGACCUGUGCCUGCAGCAGCUCUACAAAUAUAAUUGCCCUUCCUUUUUGGCUGCUGCUUUAGCCAGAGCCACAUCAGACGAAGUCCUUCAGAGUGAUCUUUCUGCACAUUAUAUCCCAAAGGAAACAGAUGGCACAGAAGGGACUGUGGAGAUUGAAACAGUGAAAUUGGCCCGUUCUGUCUUCAGCAAACUGCACGAGAUUUGCUGCAGCUGGGUGAAAGACUUCCCUCUCCGCAGGAGACCCCAGCUGUAUUAUGAGACGUCAAUCCAUGCCAUCAAAAACAUGCGCAGGAAAAUGGAAGACAAACAUGUCUGCAUUCCUGACUUUAAUAUGCUCUUCAAUCUAGAGGACCAAGAAGAACAAGCCUACUUUGCUGUAUUUGAUGGCCAUGGGGGAGUGGACGCUGCCAUUUAUGCCUCCAUCCACCUGCACGUUAAUUUAGUCCGCCAAGAGAUGUUCCCGCACGAUCCCGCAGAGGCCCUGUGCCGGGCCUUCCGGGUCACUGAUGAGCGGUUUGUGCAGAAAGCAGCCAGGGAGAGUCUAAGAUGUGGGACCACAGGAGUGGUGACUUUCAUCAGAGGGAACAUGCUCCACGUGGCCUGGGUUGGGGAUUCCCAGGUCAUGCUGGUGAGAAAAGGGCAAGCUGUUGAGCUAAUGAAGCCACACAAACCGGACAGGGAGGAUGAAAAGCAGCGAAUUGAGGCUCUUGGAGGUUGUGUAGUCUGGUUUGGUGCCUGGAGGGUGAAUGGAAGUCUGUCGGUCUCCAGAGCUAUUGGAGACGCUGAACAUAAGCCAUAUAUCUGUGGGGAUGCAGACUCUGCCUCUACUGUUUUGGAUGGAACUGAAGACUACCUCAUUCUGGCCUGUGAUGGCUUCUAUGACACCGUGAACCCUGAUGAGGCAGUGAAAGUUGUAUCUGACCACCUGAAGGAGAAUAAUGGAGACAGUAGCAUGGUUGCCCACAAAUUAGUUGCAUCAGCUCGUGAUGCUGGGUCAAGUGAUAAUAUCACUGUUAUUGUGGUAUUCCUGAGGGACAUGAACAAAGCUGUAAAUGUUAGUGAGGAAUCAGAUUGGACAGAGAACUCUUUUCAAGGAGGGCAAGAAGAUGGUGGGGAUGAUAAGGAGAAUCAUGGAGAGUGCAAACGCCCUUGGCCACAGCACCAGUGCUCAGCACCAGCCGAUCUAGGCUAUGAUGGGCGCGUGGAUUCAUUCACUGAUAGAACUAGCCUGAGCCCAGGGUCCCAAAUCAACGUGCUGGAAGACCCGGGCUACCUAGAUCUCACACAAAUAGAAGCAAGCAAACCUCACAGUGCCCAGUUUUUGCCACCAAUUGAGAUGUUUGGUCCUGGUGCACCAAAGAAAGCAAAUCCUAUUAAUGAGCUAAUAAUGGAAAAAAAAUCAGUUCAAUCAUCAUUGCCUGAACAGAGUGGUGCUGGAGAGUUUCCCUCUUUUAAUUUGGGUUCAACAGGGCAGCAGAUAUACAGAAUGGAGAGCUUGUCUCCUGUCUGUCCUAGGUUGGAAGAUGAACAAUUCAAAUUCCUGGAAAAGAGAGUUUCCAGAUUGUCUCAUUUACGCUGUCGUUAUUCAAAGAGACGGCACGGAUUCAGGUUUAACCCAAAGUUGUAUUCAUUUAUGUCUGCUCAAGAGCCUUCCCACAAAAUAGGCACUAGUCUGUCCUCACUUAUUCGAAGUGGGAAGAGAACUAGGAUGUUCAGAAGUUUUCUGCCGUGGAGGCAAAAUAUUUGGAAAGGACCUAGUGCAAACAUGAGGAAGCUCAGCAAGAGUAAUGAUAUUCCAGAGCCAGGUGUCCCCUGGAGCUAUAAAAUAUAACCCUCCUCGUUCGAGUAGGCCAGCUAGCUCUCCCCCAAUAAAAACACCACUAUCAGAGUAGAAACAAGGUAGACAUUUCUGAAAUAUAUGUGCUUCAUUAUGAAACCAUGGAUGGCUCAAUUCUUAAAUGUAAAUAGAUCUCUAGGAACCUCAAAGUAGUGUUUUAAAUCAAAAAAAAAAAA